AUGGGCGGCGUGCUCCAUCUGGUCGAGGACCGGCCAACACCAAAGUCCGUCUACAACUGGCGAAUCUACGUGCUCGCCCUUAUAGCAUCAUGCGGUUCGAACAUGAUCGGUUACACAUCGGCCUUUAUCGGUACGACAAUCACAUUAACGUCGUUUGAAAAAGAAUUUGGGCUCGACAAGAAGACAGACGACCAGGUCGACCUGAUCAGUGAGAACAUUGUGUCCCUUUUCAUAGCGGGAGCCUUCUUUGGAGCUAUUUUCACAUACGGCCUCGGCCACUUCAUCGGACGGAAAUGGAACCUGGUCGUUGCCUCUGCCGUGUUCACACUCGGCGCUGGCUUGACCUGCGGUGCAUCGAGCUCGACCGGGCUGGGCAUACUGUACGCUGGACGUGUCUUGUCUGGACUGGGUACCGGUGUUGCGUCGAACAUCAUCCCGAUCUACAUCUCUGAGCUGGCACCGCCCGCUAUUCGAGGCCGACUGGUCGGUUUCUACGAGCUUGGCUGGCAGAUCGGUGGGCUGGUUGGUUUUUGGAUCAACUACGGAGUUGAAAUGCACAUGCCUUCAACACACCAGCAAUGGAUCAUCCCGUUCGCCGUCCAGAUCAUCCCCGCUGGAAUGCUCUUUAUCGGGUCUCUGUGGAUUAAAGAAUCUCCUCGCUGGCUCUUCCUCAAGGGCCGUCGCGCCCAAGCCAUGGUCAACCUCUGCUGGAUCCGCCAACUCGACGAGACUGACAUCUACAUCACCGAGGAGGUGGCGGCCAUUGACCAAGCGCUGGAAGAGCAAGCGGCUACCGUUGGAGUUGGCUUCUGGAAGCCUUUCCAGGCCGUUGCCAGACGCAAGGCUAUCCUGUACCGUCUGUUCAUCGGAUGCAUGCUCUUCUUCUGGCAGAACGGAUCUGGCAUCAACGCCAUCAACUAUUACAGCCCGACCAUCUUCCAAAGCAUUGGUGUCUCUGAGACUGAUGUUGGCUGGAUGACUGGCAUCUUCGGUGUUAUCAAAGCUGUCAUGACGUUCGUUUGGCUUCUUUUCUUGGUCGACCAGCUCGGACGACGAAACCUGUUGCUCGGUGGUGCCAUCAUAGGAUCCGUGUGCAUGUGGGUUAUCGGCGCUUACAUCUAUGUUGUCCGUCCCGAGGACAAUCCCACCGAUCAUCUUAACGGUGGUGGUAUUGCGGCCAUCUUCUUCUUCUAUCUCUGGACGGCCGUCUACACCCCAACCUGGAACGGCACGCCCUGGGUCUGCAACUCCGAAUUCUUCGACCCGAACCUGCGCUCCCUCGCGCAAGCCGCCACGACCGCCUCGAACUGGCUCUUCAACUUCCUCGUCUCCCGCUUUACCAAGCAGAUGUUCGCGACGAUGCACUACGGCGUGUACUUUUUCUUCGCUUCUCUGUCCUUCCUGGCCUUCUUCUUUGCCUUUUUCCUUGUUCCCGAAACCAGUGGUAUCCCGCUUGAAGCCGUUGACCGGCUGUUCGAGAUUAAGCCCGUUUGGAGGGCGCACUCUAAGCUGAAGGAGCAGCUUAAGGAGGACGAGGAGCAGUUCCGGUUUGAGAUUAAGGAGGGUGUCUUUGGGAAGGAUGGGAAUGAGGUUCCGGCUCAUGUGGAGAAUAAGAGCUCGAGUGAGGGUGAGACUGAGACUCCGGCGUCGAAUCCUUGA